AACAGAUUGAUUGGCAGGCGGCAGAAGAAAGGAGAAAAUAUAAAAUGUCCAGCGUUUGCUCGUGUAGAUUCUGAUCAAGUAGUGCGAUUUUGUGCGUUCCGAAUCCUUGUCGGAAACAUGGACACGGAUACGAUACCGGAUAUCCCCACUGACAAUCCAGAGACCUACUGUAGGCUGUGUUUUUCUGGCUUCUACGUGGAACCGCUGUUUCCACCGGAUGGGCAGCCGAAGCAUGGAGUGAUCGAAUUAAUUGGUCGGCUGGUGGAUAUUCAUGUAACGAUGGAGAUGGAUUACCGGUGUGCGGUCUGCCGGAUGUGUCAGAUGACACUGGAGGGCUUUCAUAAGUAUAGGGAACGCUGUAGAACUUUGGAUGAGGUGCUGCAGCGGAAGCGGAUGGAGUUGAUGCACUAUCAGGUGAAGGUCGAACAUCAGGAGGAGCUGGCUCAGAAUGCGAUUGGAUUCGAGGAGGACAUGGUUUACUGUUUGAGCGAUAGCGAUGAGGAAAAUACCGGAGGUGGAAGAAGAGGUGGUGAGGACGGAGAAGAGGAGGAACAUGAACGCGGAUUGAUUGACGAUGAUGGGGAGGAGAUUGAUGAGGAGGUGGAGGAAGAGCUGAUUAGGGGCGAUAUGUUGAUCAAGCCCGAGCCAUAUGGGAUGGAAGAAGGGGUAAGGGAAGGUGGGGAGGAUUUUGAUGAGGAUGAAGAAGAUCACGAGCAACAGCAGCAGCAGCAGCAGAUUCCAGAUAGAAAGCCCGGUAGGGGUGAUGUGGUGGUGUUGGAUUCGGAAGAGGAUGAAAAAUCGAUGGAAGCUUCGAUGGAAGCAUCGACGAGAGCCAGCAGCGAAGCGAGAACAGAGGAUCAAGGGAAAGAUAUCCCAAAGAAGGCGCUGCCAUUUGAAGUUAGUUCGGAUGGAGCGUAUCGCUGUACGGUGUGCCAGGAGACGUUCCGGCUGAUGAAGGAAAUUAAGAAUCACAUCCGGAAGAAGCAUCCGGAAGAAGCGUUGGUCUAUUCGUGUCGCUACUGUGCCAAGAAGUUUUCCGAGACGACAUCGUUGCGAGCGCACACCCGCUUCCACACGAUGGAUUUCCCAUUUUCAUGCGACGAGUGCGGAGCCAAGUUCACGAUGAAGGCCCGCCUGGAUAAUCACGUGUCGCGCUAUCACGAUAAAAACUCUCCUUCCUAUACGGACAAGCGCUACAAGUGUACCUUGUGCCCGCGGAUAUUCCUACAGGAGUCGGGUCGUAACUUGCACAUCUUACAUUUCCACGACACGAAGCCAUCGGAGGUUACGGAAGUUAUCCCGAUGCUGCAGGUUCUAUACUGCGAUGGCUGCAAUGAGCAGUUUGACACAAAAGAAGCCAUCGAUGCUCACUUUGCCGAGCACCAUGCUGGUGACGAUGAGGAAUCGAAACCGAAGAUCUCCAAGAGACACAAGUGUCCGGAUUGUGUGAAAGUGUUCCGUCAUCGUACUGCACUGCGGUCGCACUGCGUCAUCAACCAUGGGACGAUGCCGCACAAGUGCGAAAUAUGUGGUAGCAGUUUCGAGCGGAAGACCAAACUGGACAAACACAAGGAGAACUGGCACGGGGAGAAUUCCAAGAACAAAGUCCUGGAACGGUACAAAUGUGACCAGUGUGACAGAUACUUUGUGCGCAAUCAAGAUCGAUUCCGCCACGAGCAGGUUGUUCACAACAUCGAAUCACCUGCCAAAUUGCCAACGGUUUGGGAAGGACGUAAGAGUAAUUUCCCUUGCUCCAAGUGCGAUCGGAAGUUCCCCUCGAUGAAGACCAUGCGGAUACACUUCGCCCUGAAGCAUCCGGAUGUUCCGGUUCGCUUCAAGUGCACGGUAUGUUCCAAGCUGUUCAAGCAUAAGACAUCCCUUCGGGAACACAUGAUGAACCACACCGGAGAGCAUCCGUUCGGAUGUGACCAGUGCGACGAGAGAUUCAUCCGCAAGAAGGACGUUGAUCGUCACAUGCAAGAGAUGCAUGGUUCGGAUGACGAAGACGGUGAAAAGAAGGUUCGCUUCCCCUGUCCCUACUGCUCCCGGAAGCUGAUGACUAAGACAGCCCGAGCGAUCCACGUAACACACCACCACGCUGACAAAGAGCCCCUCGCGAAGCAAGUCCUUUCAUCGCUUCCGAAAUCCAUGGCCUGUCAGCACUGCAAGAAGGUCUUCACCAACCGAAAUACCCUCAAACUGCACAUCCUCAACCAUCUCGGUAAGCUGCCCCAUCAGUGUCAGCAAUGCGGUGCCGGAUUUUACAAACCAGCCGACCUUCAACGGCACAAACAACGCUACCACACCGGAGGAUCCGCUCUGACCAUUGCCAAUCGCUUCAAGUGCGCCUACUGUCCGCGGAUCUUCAUCCGGAAAUCCGCACGCCGCUACCAUCACACAGUAUUCCAUGGCAUCGAGAAGAAAACGGUCGCCGCCUCCUCGUCCUCCUCCUCCAACAAGGGAAUCAAAACCGAACCGGAAAAUGUCGAAUACUCUUGCGCUUUGUGUAGCCUCGUUUUCGUUACCGGUACGAUGCUGCAGACCCAUCACCAGCAGCACCACCCGGAUCAGCAGUUCUUCUACAAGUGCCCUCACUGUCCGAAGCGUACUGUCCAUCGAAACGCCUACGUGUCGCACAUCCGGCUGCAUGUCGGUGGCUAUCGCUAUCCGUGCGACCAGUGCAACGUGAAAUUUGACCGUAAGGUCCUGCUGGUGCAGCACAAACAGCGCUACCACUCGGACGCCUCCAAGGACGUCCAACGGUUCCUCUGUACGAUCUGCAAUCGAGAGUUCCUCCGGAAUCAGGACCGCGUCCGGCAUCAGAUUGUCGUGCACAAUUAUCAGGUGCAGAGUAGCGGAUCCCAACCGGCACCCAGUCCGGGCCCGUCAUCUACCAAGAAAUCGCUGCUCAAAAUCAAACAGGAGAAGCUAGAGCUAGACGUUCCGGAGGAACCCGUGGAGGGUUAUGUGAUCAAAAAGCCCUCGGAAGGGUUUGCCAUCUCCAGUGACGUGGAGGAAAUUGAAGACGAUGAUGAUGAUGAUGACCAAGGGGCAGAGCAGCAUCAGCAGCUGCAGCAGAAGCAUGAGCAGCAUUCCGACGAUGGUGAACAGGUAAGUGGCGAGGAGGUCCCAGUGCCGACGAUUUCCAAUGUCGUGUCAAUCAAGGAGGAAGCGAUGGCCGCACGCAAAGAAUAUAAUGAAUAUACUGCAGAGUUUUAGAAGUUUAUUUGCCAUCGUGUCCCGUAAGAAUAUGUGUAUUAAGAGAUGCAUUUAUUUCCAAUGGUAUGAUAGUAAUAAUAGUAAUAAAGCUUGGCGAAUUUGAGAAAUUCGAA